AUGUUAACAUUAUCAAUUUUAAUAUUACUAUUGAUAUAUAUUGGAUUAAGAUUCUGUAUAGCUUCCAAAUACAAUAAAAAAUACAAUAUGCUUAUUUUAUUUGGGUCAGGUGGACAUACUUAUGAAAUGUUAAUGACAUUAAAGAAUUAUGAUUUCCAAAAAAAAUGUUAGAAUUUAUAUUUUAUGCAUUCCUAUGCUGAUACUUAAGAACCAUUAAGAGUAGCUAAGUUUAUUGAAGACAACAAGGUAUAAAGAACUCAUAAAAUAAAAAGAUUGCUUUACCAAAAGUAGAAUGGAUUACAAUUCACAGAAGUAGAAAAGUUAAAUAAUCAUAUUUAUCUUCAAUAAUAACAACAAUCAAGGCAACACUGCAUACAUUUUUAAUAUUAUUGAGAUUUAGAGAUUUAGAUAUUUUUAUAACUAAUGGUCCUGGGACAUGUAUUCCAGUUGUGGUUGUUUUGAUUGCACAAUAUGUAAUACAUAAUUAGAUAGUAGAUAUUAUUCAUAAGAAAAAGAUGCAAGAUUUUGUUUAUAGAGAGUUGGUGUAGAGUGGAAAAUUUAUCUUUGAGUGGAAAAUUAUUAUAUUGGUUUAGUGAUAGAUUUGUAGUGAAUUGGGAAUCUUUGUGUAAGAAAUACAAAAGAGCUACUUUUGUUGGUAAUUUAAUUUGAGUAUAAUAAUUAAAUUGCUGGAUUUCAUUUGAUAUAUAUUUGUUUAAUAAAAUAAAAAAAUAACUGAUGUUCAAGAACUCAUUCCAAAGUGGAUUUCUAUCAAUUUUAUAUUCAAUAGGAUCAAAGCCAUUGUAGAUAUGGGAUAAAUAAAGUAUUUUAUAACUCAAAUAUCACAGUUAAGAAUGGUCAUAUCAAGCGAAUUACAGAUUAAGAUAUUUAAUCAUCAGUUUUAGAAAUCAUGGGUACAAAUGUGAGUACCAAUUUCAUUACUGCUCCUGCUGAUCCAAAAGAAACUUUAGGAAUCAAAUUACCAUUCUUAGUAAUGAUCAUUAAGAAUGUAAAAUCAUUAUAUUUAAAAUCUAGCUUAAAAAAUAUUUUACAUUUGAAGUACAAGUCUUGGAUGAUAAAAAUGUUAGAAGAAGAUUUAGAGCUUCUAAUUAUUAAGUAUAUCUUAAUAAAAAUUAUUAGUCAACAACCAGAGUGAAACCAUUUAUCUGUACUAUGCCUAUGAGACUGGAUGAAGGAUGGAAUUAAAUUCAGUUCAAUUUAUCUGAUUUCACUAGAAGAGCAUAUGGUACAAAUUACAUAGAGACAUUACGGUACAUAUAAAUGCAAUAAUAUUAGAGUUUAAAUACAUGCCAAUUGCAGAAUUAGAAGAAUCUAUUUCAGUGAUCGUUUAUAUAGUGAAGAGGAAUUACCCCCUGAAUUUAAAUUAUUCUUACCCAUCUAAAAAUAAGGAUGAUCAAUAAUUUAAUAUUUUUAUUCAUUCAUAUAAAUAAAU